UAUCAUAACAACAGUUAUAUUGAAUAUAAGUACAUUUUGAUUACUUUGUCUCCACAUAUGAACAUACAAAAUAGAUUGUGACAUACACUCUCAAAAAACAUCUUUGUAAUGAAUAAUAAAUAAACAAAUCGAAAUAGAACACUAUAAGAAUAUCAGGUGUCUCUUCCUAGUUCAUGCGAUGUUCUAAAUGACAAAACAUGUUUAGCUUAUCGAAAAUUUUGUUAAUUUUGAUUCACAUAGGCCACCUGCACAGGGUUUGCAUGACUGAUAAGUUUUGAAACAAAUAAAUGAUAAACUAUCAAUUAGAAUACAUCUUUAAUAUUGAGGAUAUCAGCCCUCUAUGCACAAAGGUACUUUUUCUCAAUAAAAUGGCAGGCAGUCUAUAUCAUUGGGGAAUUGAUUUAUCUGAAACAAGGCUUAGCAUAUAAUUUGCAAAUAAUGUCAAAGAAGUUUCCCAGUUUUCUCAUUAUCUGAAACAGUUUUACCAUUGAAAUGAAGCACAGUGUAGAAAACUAGUCCAUUUGUAACACAUGUUUUUUCUCAUUUUCUCGUUCAUAGUCAUUGAGAUUUUAUAAUCUUCUCGUUUCUGCUAUUUUCAUCUAUUGAAUCUAAAAUUUUUAAUGUAAAAAUAUUUUAGGACUUUUUGGAUAUAAUUUAUUGCAGUGAGUGCAUUUAUUGAGUGCAGAGUACAACAUGUCAGUCAAAGACUCUCCUUCACCUAGUGGUGCUUAUCAGCAAUCUCCAACCCCUCAACGUAAGUCGAGUAUAUUUGAGACAGAUGAAGAGAAGCCUGUAUUAUCUGUAGAAGGGGAAGCAAAAAUCACAAAAACUGUUGAUUUAAAUAGUGAUGGACUAUGUACUAAAUUUUCAACUGACAGUUCUAAAAUUGCUGUUGGACUUUCUAAUGGAGCAACCAAAAUAUAUAAAUCUGACGGAAUGUCAUGUAUUUAUCAAUUGAAUGAUGAGGAAACGGUGUCAGCUCGCUUGCCAGUUACAUCUUUAAGUUUUGUACCGACAGGCAAAGCAAGGAGAGGGGAAUUACUGUUAGCCACAUAUGCGAGUGGUCUUGUCAAGUUCUGGCAUGUCUCAUCGAACAAAGCUCUGCAUACGAUCCAUGAGCCAAGCCAGGUUUUAUCUAGUUCACUUUCACCUGGAGGUGAGCAGUUCAUCACUGCUGGCAGUACAGAGCAAGUUAGAAUUUAUGAUGUUGCGACUGCAAAACAAAUUCAUGUUUGCGAACCAAGUCCAAACGUAUUAGUCAUGGAUGGUCAUAGAUGCCAUAUAUUUGCUGUUAAACACCAUCCAACAAUGAAACAUAUUUUUGUCACUGGUGGUUGGGAUGAUACAAUACAAUUCUGGGAUGACAGACAAGAAAGAUCGAUUCGUCAUAUCUCUGGACCUCAUAUUUGUGGUGAAGCAGUUGAUAUUGAUCCAAAAUUUAAUCACAUUCUCACAGCAUCAUGGCGAAAACAUGACUCACUUCAAGUUUGGGAUUUUGGAACCGGAAGAUUGAUCAAGACCAUUCCUGCUGACUACGGCAAUGAAUCUUUACUUUAUACAUGUCAGUGGAUGGGAAAAAACCAUAUAGUUUGUGGUGGAAGUGACGCAAAUAUGCUCCGGAUUAUUGACAAAACAACUCUCGCGACAUCUGGGCAAGUACUUGGUUUACCACGUGGUGUUUAUAGCCUGGACUUUGAUCACAACACAAAAAGUUUGUCUCAGCAUGGUCAUUAUUCACCUGAUGUUACAACAGUUGCUGCUGUUGUUGGAAAGAGUUUACUCAUUGUAACAAAUAAUCUGAAACCAUAGAUAAGUGUCAGGUUAAUGCUUAAUGAUCGAGGUUCCAUAUAUUUUAUAAUAGAGGUGUUUGCCCUUUUUAUACUUUCGACAUGUCAAAUUUUAUUCCAUGUUCAAAAUAUCUAACAUACAUCAUACCAGAUACUGUAAAAUAUGUCCUAUUUCUAUAAAUUAUAUUUGGCAGAUUAUAGUGAUAUUGGUAAUUAUUUAUUUCAAAAUAUAGGUGUUUAAAGCGGAAUCAAGUCCAUACAUCUGAAUCAAAUAACUGGCUAUUCUCAUACCUGGUUAUGAUUCGCCAUAUAAUUAAGCCAUCUCAUCAGCUUUCUUUUCCUUAUGGAUAAAUAUGAAAAUCCUACCUACUAUUUCUUUAAAAACUACACUUGGUUGUCUGAAUUACUCAUUUCUAGUAUUUUGGUUUCCUAUAAACCUAUUUGUUGGUCAAAGUUAAUGACAUUAAUAAUUUUACACUGUGAAUAUAUUGAAAAUGAUCUCGGGAUGUUGAAAAUAGUCAAAUCUGAGAUUUCCUUUGUGGCAGAAACAUCAUGGAGUGGAUUUUUCAUUUCAUCAUUUGGCUUUUCAACCUCUAAUCAAUAAUAUUGUUAUUUUUGAACUAUCAUAUCCCAUUAGCAAAAUGUUGGUAAUGUGUAAUUUUUUUCAAAGACAGGUUGAGAUUACUGUAAUUUUUUGAGUAACACUGCUUUAUAAAUGUGACUCCUCAAGUACUUUAAUUUAACUCCACUUGAGUCAUAAAUUGAAAGUUACUCGAAUUAAUUCUACCCUGUUGAAUUAAAAUGUCCUGUACAUUAAUUUUUGAUCAACUCACUUUUAUUUUAUUGUUUCAUUUAUUGUAAUUUUACCUAUAAUUUACUUAGAAACAUUUUUUCAUUACAUUACUAGUGACCCGUCCAUUUUCAAAUAUCAAUCUAACACUCUAUAUACUGAAUAUAUUUGUUCGUAUUAUUAGUGGCAUAAUUUUUGGAAGAGUAAAUUGUAUAAAAUUAUUCAUCUUAUUUUGGAGAAUAUUAUGACAUACCGUAAUUAUUAAAUUCCAACUUAAUCUUAUUAUCAUUAUGCUAGUGUCAAGACCUUUUCUUCUCCUGGAUUUGCAGCUUUGAUAUUUGAUUCCAUUCUUCUUUUGUUUUGCUAUCACAUCAUCACAAUAAUUGUUUUAACAAUGUGAACGGUGGACACUAUUUCUCUCACUUCAUUGGGCAUGAUUUAUUACAUACUUUAUAAAAAGAUACAAUAGGCUUGAAAAGUUGGAAAACUCACUGACUGAUUAAAAAGUGCUUACGGUAAUUAAAUUCAUUUUUGUAACUUACUCACAGAAACAAUUAUGUGAGAUUUUUUGGAUGCUAGUGCCUUGUGGUAGAACAGUGUAUAUUGCAAUCACAUGACAACAUUUUAUUGAGAGCAAUCCUAUGCAUUUAACUAUUUUCUGUAUCACAAAUUCACGUUGGGAUCAUUUUUCGAAUGGAAUGAGCUACAAAUUGUGGGAAAUAUAUAUACCAGUGGCAUGCAUUUUGUAUAUCUUAUCAUAAAGACAAAUUGUAUACAAAUGCUAUACUUUGGUAUGCGAUCUCAAUGAUUUUAGUCUGAAGUUAGGAACUGAAUUCUGGGAGAAGGUCUUCAUGCGAUCAACAUGCCACUUUGGUAUGCAAUUGAGAUCACGUGGAGCAAGUGAGAUGGCAUACCAAAGUGGCAUCUACAAAUGUAUAUAUUUGUAAGAAGACUAUUUAAUAUUCCAUACCUUCCAUUUGAAGUUUUAAAUCGUUUGCUUUUCAUUUAGUUUUAACUGAUUUUUUAUUUGU